GGGUUGGGUUUCGUGGCGUGCGGGUGUGCUGCGUUCUGUAACCGGUUUCCAAGCGGCGUCACUUGCCUCCGCACUAGCGGCAGCAGUAGAUCGUCGUCCUCCCACCACUCUGCGUGCGCGGGAGCCCGUCACCCCGGCGAUCGGCCGCGGUGUUCACUUGUCCGAAUCGGAGCUCGUCAUGGUCACGUGAGGGCUUCCGUGGGACACCACGAGACAGCAGGCGUGUGCCUUUUCUUCUGUGACAAACAGAGCCGCGGUUCCUGCGCGCGCUUAUCCCUCUGCUGUAAGCCGGCGUUGGAACACCCUAAGGCGGCACCAUGUUUUACAUGCUCGUAGCCCCGCUCCACCGAGCGGUCAAGAUCAACCGCAUCGUUCUCGACAACCAGAUAUUCCGCCUGCACUACAAGGCCACUUCACUGCUGCUGCUCAUGUUCAGUAUCCUGGUGACCAGUACGCAGUACUUCGGCGAGCCCAUAGAUUGCAUUCAGCACGACUCGGUGCCAGCGAACGUCAUCCGAACCUUCUGCUGGAUUCACUCGACAUUCAACGUUCCGGCGGCCUUCAACGCAACCGUGGGCGUCGAUGGGGUCCCACACCCGGGAAUUCAGAAGUACACUCCGGAUGAAGUUCGACGCUACUACGGAUACUACCAGUGGGUCUGCAUGGUGCUCUUCCUGCAGGCCGCCUGCUUCUACGUGCCGCGCUACCUGUGGAAGUGCUACGAGCAGGGUCUCAUUCGCAGUCUGGUCCAGGACCUCGACUGUCCUAUCAAGGAGGACGCCGACGUGUGCCGAAAGACCGAGGUCGUCGCCCGCUACGUGCGCAACCACUUGAACAUGCAUGGCCGCUACUUCGGCUGGUACGUGACCGCCGAGGUUCUCAACUUCGUCAACGUCCUCGGUCAGAUCCUGCUGACGGACGCCUUCUUGGGCAACAUGUUCACCACGUUCGGCACCGACGUACUCAACCACCACAACGAGGACCCGGACGUUCGCAACGACCCUAUGAUCUGGGUGUUCCCGCGCAUCACCAAGUGUUCCUUCCACCUGUAUGGUUCGUCUGGAGACGUGAUGAAGCACGACGCCCUGUGCCUGCUCGCGCAGAACAUCAUCAACGAGAAGAUCUACAUCUUCCUCUGGUUCUGGUGGGUCAUCCUAGCCACGCUCACGGGCAUCGAGCUGGUGUACCGCCUGGCGACCAUCGUGUUGCCGAAAUUGCGCGAGAUGAUUCUGCGGUACCGGGCGCGCAUGGCCGACCGUCGCAUGCUCGAGAUGGUCACCAAGCGCGUCUGCAUCUCCGACUGGUUUCUGCUGGACCUUCUCUGCAAGAACAUGAACCCGGUGCACUAUCGCACCUUUAUCAACGAGCUCGCCAAGUCACUGGAGGACGAGUACGGCAAGAGGCUACUCGCCGGAGUCGACACCUCCAACACGAGCACCGUCUGAUUUUUCAACUCGCCAUGGGAGCCCCCCGUGGCUUGCUGGAAAAGAUAAGAUGACCUUGUCCGCGUUGUCGCUGGCCGGGACUGUUUCUAAUCAAAGCGCCCUGUGUGGUUCGUGAAUCUCGACUUCGCACGCGCGGUUAUGACAAGUGUGUCAGAUGCCAAAAGCCAUGCCUAUUCCGUGCGUUAUAAGCUGGCGGUUCGUUUAGAAUUUUGUGUUCUUGAAAUAAUAGCGCCGGUAUUUUCUCUGUUGACAGUGCAGCUUGUAGCGUUAGACGCUAAGUGAACCGCGGCCUUCGUUGCUCGAGUGCAAUGAACAUUUUAUUUUUGUACGCGCUUUAGCAGCAACAUUUUUUUUUUCAGUCAGGGUAAGACAAUUUCAUCUUCUCCUUCAAGACGCACUUAUGCUCUGCAUCUCAAAAUGCUAUGCGCUGCCAAUGACUAUAGGUUUAUUUAGAAAUUUACGGAUGCCAUAGGAAUACAGGCGUGAUCGGCUUCUUUGUUGUGCCCUAAUAUAGGAUGUUCGUUCCAAGACGAGAAUGCAUGUGCUUGAUAUCUGAGAGGGUGAUCAUUUGUGUUUUUGUUUGUUCCUAAAACGGCUGACAAGGGUUUUGCUUUUUUCAUUUUUUUACUGUUGACAAUCUGGGAGAUACGAUGCGAUAUUUUGUUACAGGCGUCGUUAAAAGCAGGGUUUCUGUUUUCACGGCAAUGUUAUCUCGGUUAACGAAAAAAAAAACAUUUUUACAAACUGCCAAUGUACAACUGCAUGCGACCCAAGUGCCGUACUUUCUUCAUGUUAACUCGCUAUGUCUUGUGUGUGCGUGUGUUUUCUGGUGAGUGUCAUUGUGAAUGGACAUCAUUGAAAAAAGUGUUCUGUGGACUUACCUCUUUUUUUUCCCCUUGAGGGGUUCUUGUUUCAAACGUGUCACAAUUCACCGCACAAGUGACGAAAAAAUAUACAGAGUGGAAUGAAAAAAAAA